GGUGUGAUGAGUGAUGAAAAAGACGAGCUCCUGAAGUUGAUCAACUCUGGGAAAUAUGAAGAGGCACUGAAUUUCCUUGGUAAUUUUGGAGUAGCAAAUCCAGAGCGUUUGAGAAAGCUGUCCAUCGACACCAUAUUUGAUGCCGCAACCAGAUUUCGCGACAACAAUGAUGACAAACUUCGCGUUUUUGUACUUGCUCUUCUAGACUUCAUUCAUCCGGAAACUCUCAAGUUCCGUAUCUGUUUCAACUUUAUCACCGGAAGAACGACACCGCACUUUGCCGAGCUGCUCACUAGUCAGCUGCGAUCCAUCGUCACGGCUAAUUUCCUGGAGAGCCAUCCUGAGUGGGAUGAGCUGCGAAAUGUGCUACCGUUGAAGCUCGAAGAACACCUAGCUAAGGAAGACGAUCCCAAUGUGUUGGAGUCUGCACUUGCAGCGGCAGAUAUCUUAUAUGCCCUAAACAAUAUUCCCUUUGUGCUGCCUGAGAGAAUGACAAUGAUCUUUACGGCUGCCGUACACAGUGCAGAGAUGGAUCUGCCUAGAACUUUCCCUCUACUAUUCUACUACGCUAAAACGCAUCCAUUUUUUCCUAAACUGCUGAGUGUUACCGAACCGACUCCUCUCAUUCCUUGUGUCUACUCUCGCACUAGCCUUGGAAGAUAUCUUAUCAUAGGACUCACGAAAUAUCUGCGCGAGAAUGAGUACAAUUAUGAACGGUUCUUUGUCACGCCAGUGACUAAUGCGCUGGCCCACAUCACCAGCUUGCUUGAAGGCUUGAAUACUUCUGAUAUCGAUCUAUGCAGCAAGCUCAUCUUGCCGCUUCUCCGUUUCGUUGAGGAUUUUGAGCAGCAAGCAUUUCGGGUAACAAUAAUGGAUAAAUGUCGGGAAAUUGUACAGAUGUUUCCAAGUGAAUUGAGAGUACUACUCAUAAAACGGAUCCUAACCAUGGUUCUAGACAGUCAAGAUCUCCAUCUCGAAAAUGAAGCUGCCGUGGUGGCAUGGUUCGUUGAUCAGUAUAGGCGAGAUCUGGACGAGGAUGCCUUUCGCGAGGAAGUGGGAAGUUUCUUGGGAUUGUUGGAGAACACUCGUUACGACAAUAUGUCGCUAGCUGCAAACUAUUACUCCUCAGUAUUUGUUCUAAUCCAGUCCAUUGCUAUGAAAAGGAUCAACCCAUCGAUGUUGCCAGAGCUGAAAACACGAUUGAUCCAGCCCAUAUAUGAUCAAAUUUCUGACUACAUACAACUUCAAGAGCUGCGUGAAAAAGAAAAGAAGAAUAAAGACCCUAGAGCGCCUGCACUUCCUGAGGGGAUGCAGGUGGACGUCGGACCAUCCUUUGAAGGAUCAGUUGUAGACCAGAUGCAAUUGAUGCUAUUUGAGUGCGAGCAAGCACGGAGUUUUGUGGAAGAAGCUCUGCGAAGUAUUUCAAGCGGGUAGGUCGAGUGAUAAUAUUCCUUACCUUCACUCAUCAAUAGCUUACAAAAAAGCUGCAUAUAGCGCGGGUCAUCUCGAGUUUCCCCCCUCUCCUAAAAACAAUUUUGUAAGCUUUGGACAGCAACAAACUUUCUUCUGUUUCGAUCUAAACCUGCCCUGCUUAAUUCAAGCUCCUUUGUUCCAAUAAUUCGUUUUUGCUCAGUCUCGUUUCCACCUUCAUGUUGUUGAUUAUCUGUUCCAAUAAAAGUUGCAGUUCCGUGAUUGAAAAA